AUGGCUAAAACCAACAUUUUAAUGGGCAAAAGCUUCGACAAGGGCGUCAGGAAGGCCGGCUUCAUUGGUGAGUGAUUUUUUUGUUGAUUUUGCAGAUUUUAGAUAAUAAAUAUUUUUGUAAUGUGGCCAUUUUUUUAGCCUUUUAGGUAACAAAUUAUAGCGAUACGCAGGGGCGGGCGGGGACUUUUGGUCUGGGGGCGAGGGUCGAAAAAAGCACAGGGGGGGGCACGUUGGGUAGAGUAGAUUAGAGUUAGGCCUAGGUAGGUUUUUGGAGCCACUUUUUUUUCAUAUUUUAACCAUUUAAUGACACCUUUUAAAAUUUUAAAUUUAGGUUAAAAAAAUGAAGUUAAAAAACGGAUGUUUAAAACUAUAAAACUUCCGUUUCAAAACGAUAAAUCACCUAAAAAAUGUCGCUUUAGUUUUUAUAACGUUUGAUAAUUAGAUAGACAUUUUUCAAUUUAUGACGGUUUAUGACUAUUAAAACUGAUUUUGCUUGACCCAUAAACACCUAGAGAAAAUUUUUUUUAAUACAUAAAAAUUUUAAUUUACAUCAUUUUAUACUUAAAAAUCUGUUGAUUAGCCAUGGUAAACCUCAUUAAGUUUUUUACUUUCAUUACAAAAUAAUAAGCUAGCAAAUGUGUCCAUCGACCUACUACAAGAAGUCUUCAAAGACUUAAAAUGUUUAUUUAACUUCUUCAAAGUUAUAAUUUUUCAAAACAAAAUAAAUUUUUUUUAAAUACGUCUUAUUCUGUAGAUUAAUUGUGAUAAGUGACAUUAUGAGUUGUUAAUUCACAUGAAAGGUAGGGGCUAUCAAAGGGUAUCAUCCAACCACAAGAUGUCAAAAAAACUUAUAAAUAAAUUCAAAAUGUUUGCUUAAUUUUUUUAAAGCUUUGAUUCGAAAAUAAAAAAAGAAAUUAAUAUUUUGAAAAUACGGCAGGAUUAAUAGAACUAAAAAAUAAAAAAAAUGUAAUUAUGAUUUGUCAUCUGAUUAAAACUUAUGAGCCAUCAAAUGUGGUCUCAUCAACUCCCAUCAUACAAGGAGUCUUAAGACUUUAAUUCAAACAUUCAAAUUUUUGCAAAUGAAUGAAUAUUGAAAUUUAUAUCAUGAUAUACUUCAGAAUCUUUAAAUUAAUUGUGAUAACUGUUAUUUAAAAUUAUUUAAAUUUUCUUUUUUUCAGCAGUAUGCAUAUGUUUUGGCCUAGCAGUUCCGCUAAUAUUCCUAUGGAACAGCGAAAGGAUAGGAGAACAGACCUUGACUAAGGUGUCGUACGAAGGUGUCGAGAUCAUAGGCAGGAAGCUUCAAAUGACAGAUGGUGAUUACUUUACUGGAAUCAAAUAUGGGUCAGCUAAGCGAUUUGAAAGUCCAAAAAUGGUCGAUUUUGAUAGUCCGACUGUGGCCACGUUCUGGCCAAAAGAUUGUUUUGGAAAGAAGAAUAAGAAAGGAGCUGAGGACUGUCUCUACCUCAAUGUCUACAAGUGCAGGAAUUUGGUAAGUUUUUUGAACUGUUUAAACAAGGCUAACAACUGUAUGGGGAUAUAGUCCGGUAGAAAAGGAUAAGGUGACGGUAGGUGUAGGGUAAGGUAUGUCAAAUAAGGUUAUAGUAAGGCAUACGGUAAAUCUGGUGUAUGGUACAACAGGGAAGUCUAAAAUAAGGUUGAGUUAACAAGGGUUAAUUUUGGAUUACGGUAGAUCUAGAGUACGAGAGUAGGGUAGAGUUUUGGCUGGGGUAGACAUGGGGAACCGGGCCGGGCCUGAGCAAAACUUAGAACGGGCCAAGCUUGGAAAUCUCGAAAAAGCCCGGCCCGUUUCACGUAUAAAAAGAUUCGGGCCAGGCCUAACAUUCAGGCUCGGCCCGUUCUAUGUCUAGGCCUGGGUCGGGUAUUGCAAGGUAGGUCAAGUUGGGGUAGGUUAGGGUAGGGUAGGGUACUGAGCCUUCCAAACUCCUUUUAAAGGCUUUAUAUUUAAUUACAGUACCGUUGACUUACAGUAAACACUUUAAAACUCUUAUCAUCAAAUUUCAGGCCAAAAUCCUCCCAGUACUAGUGCUCCUAAACGUAGGACCAAACACUCAAAACCUAGAUCCAACUUUACUCACCAGGAACCUGGCUUGUCGUGGGAUGAUUCUGGUUACAGUAAGCUACCGUAAGGGUGCCAUGGGUAACUUCGGCUUAAACUAUGAUGACAAACGAGUAGCACAGGAGGUCGAGGAUGUCACUUUGGCUUUGAAAUGGGUUCAAAAUACGAUUAAAGCGUUCCGAGGUAACUCUCGGAACGUCACAGUAUUUGGAGCUGGAGGGGGUGGAAGGAUCGUGGAGUUGUUGAGCAAGGAUCCUGAUCAAGGUAAGUCAUUUUAGCUGUUGUAAAGAAAGUUUUUGCUAUUUUUGGUUUUGUAAAGAAAGUUCUUGCUAUUUCUUGUUUUGUAAAGAAAGUUCUUGCCAUUUUAUAAACCAUUGUAAAAAAUAGCCUUUUGUUAGCUCUGUAAACAAAGUUUCUUCCAAAUUUUAAAAUUUUUCUUAUUUUAGAGCCCCUCUUCCACAAAGUGAUUCAAACUCAAGCAGCUCUCCAACACCCAUCCUUAUAUACCUCAGCCAAUCAAAUGGUAGUGGAGAACAGUCUAAAACUAGCUAAUAUGCUAAACUGUACUGAUGUUGAGACAAUUGAUAAAUUGUCGGACCAUGAAAUCGACCGGAUUUACAAUUGCACAAAGUCGCACGACCGAAAGGUGGGUUUUAAGAUGGCAUUUCUAGUCCUGUGGGUAUUGAAAAUUUAACUUUUUUGAAUUUUUAAUUAAAAAUUAGUUUUCAAAAAAAAUUUUUAAGUUGAAAAUGAGGAUUUAACGGCAUAUUCAAUUCAAAAAAUAAAUUUAAAAAAAUUUUUACAAACGUGUACUAGUGGUACCAAAUGUACCAUUUUGUAUUUUUCACUAAGAAACCGCAUUUUUAAAAAUAUUUUUUGGUUUUUUAAAAAUUUUUUACUUAGUGGUACCAUUCAUGAUACCAAGUGUACCACUCAGUGUACUAACUGUACCUUUUUUUAUUUUACGCUAAAAGUGCGGAUGUUUUAAAAAUAUUUUUCAUUUUUGACUUUCUAAAUACUAAUGCUACCACAAAGGGUACCAAGUGUACCAUUUUUUGUUUUUUGACCAUUUGUACCACAAAACGUACAUUGUGUACUAUUUUUAGUUUCGUGGCUUUUUAAUAUUGAAAAUGCCAAUUUUUAUGACAUCUGGCAUUAUAUUAUUUAUUAGGUUGUUCAAUUAAUUCUAUGCCCUAUUAUAAAACAAGUUUUCAGGACUACAGGGCACAGAAUUAUUUGAAAACCCUAAUAGAAAUAAAAAUUUUUCUUAAUUUUAAAUUUUCAGACCAUCCACGAGCAACUGCUAGCCAUAGCCUCGAAAGGAGAUGACUUUCCUUUAGAUUCCUCAAUGUUCUACACCAAUAACACCCUAUCGAAGAACCGAAACUUACCCACAUUGAUUGGAAGUUGUUUUAGAAGACAAAAACCGAUGAAUGAGUCGAAAGUUGGGGUAGAUACUUUGAGAGAAUUAUUGAAUGAUCUGCCUGACUUCAAGAACUUUCUUUACAAACAGGAAUUGGUCGAUUAUUAUGUGGAACAGUUUGGGGGCAAAGCCAGCUUGGAACAGGCUAUGAAGCAGGUAAGUUCCCUAUUAUGUCUUACUCUACCUUACUCUACCUUAACCUACCCUAUUCUACCCUACCCUACUCUACCCUACCUCCACAUCCUGCCCUACCCUACUCUACCUUACCCUGCCUUUUCUUAUUACUUUUCUUGCCAUACCUUACCGUACCCUUCUUUAGUGUUCUUUUCUUUAUCGUACCAUGCCUUACCGUAGCCAAUUCCACAUUAGCCUUAUCCAACUCUAACCUAUGUUAAAUUACCCUGCCAUACUGUACCCUAAUCUAUCCUACCCUGUCUUACCAUACUCCAGAUUACUUACCGUAGCCUUCCCCUACCAUAUUCUUAUUUAAAACACCAUACCUUGGGCCUGUCAUAAGCUUAAUUUAGUCCACCCUCGGCUUUACUAUUACUUAAUUCGAGCUCCUUCCUCUUCCGCCUCGCCGAGUAUCUUCCUACGCUACCCUAUCCUACUCAGCUCUGCCGUACCCUACUUUCCCUGCCACACCCUAUCAUUAUGCUAAGUUUCUACGGUAAACCUGAUACAACCUUACACUGCCCUAUUAAAGCCCUCUUUAUUACCUUACAUUGCUUUAUUACAACCUUUUUUCUGCCCAAUUGAAACGCCCGUAUUUUACCUUCUGUUCCAGAUCCGAUUCGACUAUCACACCUUGUCAAGGCUGUUGAUACGAGCUAUGGAAAACAAGCAUACCUUUUACUUCCAUUCGACCGGCUUUUGUAUUGAGAACUUGUUAUUCAACUCUCACAACGAAAACCGGAAUGACAAAGCUCAACACUUCUUCGCUGAUGCUAUUAUCAAUUUUGUGCGUUCUGGGUGAGUACUACAACAUUUUUAAAGUUUUUUAUGUUUUAAAUAGGUUAGGACUUAAGUUUUAAAAAAUUAAGCAAAUAUUACCUAAAAAAUACAGGAACCCAAAAUACCUCUAAUUUACAGUAACCCAAACCCCCGGAAAACCAAAUUAUGGCCCAGAUAUCGCUCAAACUCGACGACAAAUGUGUUAUCCAUGAGUAAUCAGGGCUUCGUCGCCCAGCCCAACCCCUUCCCAGAGAUUGGCAACUUCUGGCUGUGCAAAAUGGCACAGUACACCGGCCUUAAACCAAUGUGCAAUUAA